UUCUGGCAGAGGAGAGUUGAGAGAUUCUGAGUGGAGCUUGGGCCCUGCCCUCCCUGGCCAGGUGAUAUCAGAGGAAUAACGCUCUGAGUUUUAGCCAGUCUGCAGCGUAUCUGGGGCCAGGAAAGGUAGAGAUAUUCUGAAUGUUCGGCAUAAAACCAUGAGAUUAGGCAGGAAGUUUCCUAGGUCAUCCCACCUCUUUCUCCUAGGCUUUUUGUUCCUCAUUCUGUCCUUUGCUGCUUACAUUGGCUUUACUGAAAAAUAUCCACGCAGACAUUUGUUUCGUUUUCAAUAUGUCAACAAAGUGCCACUGUUUAACAUCCGAAGCAAUAUUCUAGAAGUUGUAACUGCCAACCCAAAGAUACUACAGCUUCCAAAUACAACAGUGGGACCAGGCAGUUCUCCACUGGAGAAAGAUGCUGUGAAGAGAUGGGCAACGUACAAUGAACGGUAUGCCCAGGACAGGCAGGCUGAGCUCCAAGAUACAUCAGCAUCACCUCAAAAGCAAACCAGCAGUAGGCUUGUCACAGUGGAAGCUCGUCAGAAAUCAACUGAGAAGAAAGAAGGGCCUUCAUUAAAUAAAACUCAAGCCGAUGACAGUAAUGAGAUACCUACAGCAAGUCAAAACCUGGCUGAGACUUUGGUUGCAACACAAUCAUCUAAUAAAGAUGGGAAGAGUAUUACACCAGCAUCCAACAAAAGAGAAGAAACAAAUAAAAGUAUGGUAUCAGGACAUGAAGAAAAGGAGAGAGCAAGGACCAAAUAUGUAACACCAGCAUCCCCAAGAAAGCAGACUGUGGGAAGGAAUGCCACAAGAGCAGCUAAUCAACAGCAGUUUCACGGUGAAAGUGUCACACUGCUCUCUACAGCAAAGCAAACUCACCCGAGAAAACAAUCCACCACAGCAAAACUAAUUAACGAACACUCUGCUAAGGCAUCAGUAUCUGAUGUUCAACAAGUCACACAUCCGGCUCCUUUAGCAACAUCCCCUAAAAGGUUAAAAGCAUCUGACUUUAAAUCUGAGCCCCGCUGGGAGUUUGAUGACAUUUAUCUCUUGGAUAAUUCAACACCACCAUCAACCUGCCCAGAUUCUCUGAGGAACAAGGCUGCCAAGUCUGAUUGGCUACAGGAUAUAUUCCUACCCAAUAUUACAGUCUUCAUGGACAGGAGUCACUUCAGCAACAGUGAAUGGAAGCGUAUGGACCAUUUUGCUCCACCGUUUGGCUUCAUGGAGCUAAAUUUCUCAUUGGUAAAAGAAGUUAUAAACAUGCUUCCUCCUAAACCCUACCACCACGUUCUCUUUGCACACAACAGCAGUCAGAGUUCCAGGUGUAUCAGUUGUGCAGUAGUAGGAAAUGGAGGGAUAUUGAAUAAUUCCAGAAUGGGCAAGGAAAUCGACUCUCAUGAUUACGUGUUCCGAGUGAGCGGAGCCGUGAUCAAGGGUUAUGAGAAUGAUGUGGGAACAAGAACUUCCUUCUAUGGAUUCACAGCCUACUCCUUAGUGGCUUCAGUUAUGAUUCUGGGAAAUCGUGGAUUCAAGAAGAUCCCUGCAGGAAAAGAGGUCAAGUAUCUUCACUUCCUGGAAGGGACAAGAGAUUAUGAAUGGCUGAAAGCUCUUCUUCUGGACACGAAUGUCAGGAAGGGAUUUUUGGACUAUUACGGACCAAAGCCCCGGGACAAAUUUGACAAUUUCAACUUGGAUCAAUAUUUUGUGAUUCAUCCAGACUUUCUCAGAUACAUGAAAAACAGGUUUUUGAAGUCCCAAAAUCUAGAAAAACCCUACUGGCGAAUUUAUAGACCUACAACAGGUGCCUUCCUUCUGCUAACUGCGCUCCAUCUCUGUGAUCAGGUAAGUGCUUACGGGUACAUCACUGAAGGCUACCAAAAGUAUUCGGAUCACUAUUAUGAUAAGGAACGGAAACGUUUAAUUUUUUAUACCAACCAUGACUUCGAUCUGGAACGGAAGGUAUGGAAAAAACUUCAUGAUGCAAACAUUAUGAAGCUCUACCAACGAACCUGACAGAAGCAGACUAUGGACUUCUGGCUGGGGUGGGUUGUUUUGCUAUGACACAGAAACUCUGGAAACAGGGAUGUUAUUUGGACUUACUGUUAUCUAAGAUACACUAAUAAUUUUCUGAAUGCUUCCAUAACACUUAAGAUUUUUCUAAGAAUAUCCACACCAUGAACAUGAUUAUCCAUCCAGGACAAAAAGAUACAAAAAGAUUCUGCUAGUUAAGAGCAUAAUUUAAUGUAGAGAUAAUUCAAUCCUGAGAAUUUGAUUAUAAUUAGAGUAGUACUGUAAGGUCCACUAUCUCAGGCAAUUUAUGCUGUCUGACCACUUCUUUCCAAGAGUUCAGGCAAGAGAUGGUUGAUGCUUGAGAUUAGGGUUAUUAUACUUGAGUUGUAACAAUCCAGACAACCACUAAAUGGGAGCAAAGGAUACAGAAAACUCUUUGGUGCUGCCUGGUGGUCCUCCAGAUAAUUGGAGCCCUGAUAUACUUACCCUACCUGAGAUCCCACAGUCUUGAACCCUAUCUGCAUAGUUACAAUGUAAGCAUUUUUUAAUCAGUAAACAAGUGCCAUGACUGCUUAGUUUUAAUGUGAAUCCAUUACAUUUUAAUAUGAAAACGGACUUGACUUCACAGUAAAGAAUUUUUUUCAUAUGUAGAUUGUGAAGGGUGGUUUUUGUUUGUUUGUUUGCUCUAGACUCCAGUUAGCAAAAACAGAAUUAGGAAAAAUGGUGAGGCAGGUAUUUUGCACAUGAAAGGGUCUCAUUCAAUCCCUGGAGUUGUAAGAAACUAUGAAAAUUCCUUUCUGAAUCCCUGCAAAGCUGCUGGUUAUCAGAGUAGACACAACUGAGCAAGAUGACCAAAGGUCCUACUUAAUUUAAGGCAGCCUUCUAUGUUGGGAAAGAAGAGAUGAGUAAAAUUCACUUCUCUCUUCUUGCUACUAGGAACUAAUGAAACUUUCUAGAUUUGCUUAACUUUUUGAUUUCCAGUGGAUAAGUGCAAACAACAACAGUAACUCCUUUCUUCCUGAUAUUUUGGGGUGAGGUGGGAAUUUGCAAAACACUUUGUUCUAUUUGCCAUCUCUCCAAUAAAGACUGUUCUCUAGAGAGUGGUUUCCCCAUCCUUUGUGC